AUGGCUACCGCUACUUCAGCUAAGCGAGUCGGCACUCAUAAUGGCAGCUUCCACUGCGACGGAGCCCUCGGCUGCAAGGCACUGGAGCAGAUCAAGUUAAUCUUUCCUUACAAAGGGCACACCUCUGGCAAAGUUGGAGAGGAAACAUUUUUCCAAAGGUUCGGGAGGAGGUUCAGAACAACAGGUUGUGAGAUCAAUUUAAAAGAGAUUGCUUUAUUGGAGGGCAAAGUGAACAAACUAUGCUGCUUACUGAAGGAAGCUGUUGAACGAACGAAAGACAACAUUGUGAAGAAACAGGCUUUGGAGAAUGAGCAGCAGAUUCACAACCCACUCAAAUUGCCACUGGGUCCGGAUGGGAAGAUAAUAUCUUACUGGAUGUAUAAGCUUCAUGGUCUCGGUCAGGAAUUCAAGUGUGAGAUAUGUGGGGAUUCCAGUUACUUUGGGCGCAGAGCUUUUGAGAUACAUUUUAAUGGAGAGUGCCAUAAGCGCGGGAUGCGUUGCCUUGGCAUACCAAAGACCAAGAGCUUCAAUGAGAUCACAUCAAUUGAGGAAGCAAAAGAGCUGUGGAAGAGGAUACAAGAACGGCAAGGCGAGAACUUGUGGUGCCCGGAUCUUGGAGAAGAGUAUGAAGAUGAAGAGGGUAACAUUUACAAUAAGAAGACAUACAAUGAUCUAAAGCGACAGGGGCUGCUUUAA